GGUGGGGAGAAGACGCUGUGGAAGGAAAUGCGUACGUUUGGUUCCUCCACUCCUUCCCCCGCCCCCCAAAUCCCGACCUGGGCACGCGCCUAAGUGCAAACGCGUGCAAAACCUCCAGGCUGUGGACAGAGCCUUGGUAGCAAGCAUUUUCCUUAGCCAGGUGUGUUUGCGCACAUUCUUGCACUUAUGAGUUUAUGUGUGUGCAGAUACGCGUGUGCGCUGUUUGCACAUUUGCAAAUUUGUGGCGCCGGCCAAGAUAAAUGCACGCACAGAUGUGUGUGUCUAGGCAAGCGCGCGCGCCGCGCAGCGUGGAGACGUGUGUGUGUGUGUGUGUGUGUGUGUGUGUGUGUGUGUGUGUGCUCAUCUGGGUGCCCGGCCCCCUUCGCUCUCUAGGCCCCACCCCCAUCCCUCCAGGCUCUGCUUUUACAAAAGGUCCCCACAGUGCUAGCUGCCCAGGCACCCUAAGUGAGCCAGCCAGACGGAGGCAGAAGCAGCAGCUUCUCCUUCGCGCCCCGCCCAGUCCCUUUCCCUUGCAGGGGAUCCCCCCUUCCCCGCCCACCCCUUACCCCCCUUGCAUCUCAGCGCCCUAUGUUAGCCCUCCCCCUCCCUCCCCUCCUCCAGGAGCGGGGCGCUGCGGGGGGAGGAGGGGGGAAAAUGGGCUGCGGGUCCUUGGUGUUCUAGCACCCAGUUUCUCUCCAAGCCGGGUCGCGAUGUACGACUGUAUGGAAUCGUUUGCCCCGGGUCCGCGACGGCUGUAUGGGGCGGCCGGGCCCGGGGCCGGCUUGCUACGCAGAGCCGCUGGCAGCUCCUGUUUCGCCGGACUUGAGUCUUUUGCCUGGGCGCAACCUGCCAGUCUACAAUCCGUGGAGACACAGAGCACCAGUUCAGAGGAGAUGGUGCCCAGCUCCCCCUCACCACCGCCACCGCCUCGGGUCUAUAAGCCAUGUUUUGUAUGCAAUGACAAGUCUUCCGGCUACCACUACGGGGUCAGCUCAUGUGAGGGCUGCAAGGGCUUCUUCAGACGCAGUAUCCAGAAAAACAUGGUGUAUACCUGUCACCGUGACAAAAACUGCAUCAUCAACAAGGUGACCAGGAACCGAUGCCAAUACUGCCGGCUGCAAAAGUGUUUUGAAGUGGGCAUGUCCAAGGAAGCUGUAAGGAACGACCGGAACAAGAAGAAAAAAGAGGUGAAGGAAGAAGGCUCGCCAGACAGCUACGAGCUGAGCCCACAGUUAGAGGAGCUCAUCACCAAGGUCAGCAAAGCCCACCAGGAGACAUUCCCCUCGCUCUGCCAGCUGGGCAAGUACACCACGAACUCCAGUGCAGACCACCGGGUACAGCUGGACCUGGGGCUGUGGGACAAGUUCAGCGAGCUGGCCACCAAGUGCAUCAUCAAGAUCGUGGAGUUUGCUAAGCGGCUGCCUGGUUUUACAGGGCUCAGCAUUGCCGAUCAGAUCACUCUGCUCAAGGCUGCCUGCCUGGACAUCUUGAUGCUGCGUAUCUGUACCAGGUACACCCCAGAACAAGACACCAUGACGUUCUCGGAUGGGCUGACCCUGAACCGGACCCAGAUGCACAACGCCGGCUUCGGGCCCCUCACAGACCUCGUCUUUGCCUUUGCUGGGCAGCUGCUGCCUCUGGAGAUGGAUGACACGGAGACAGGGCUGCUCAGUGCCAUCUGCCUCAUCUGUGGAGACCGCAUGGACCUGGAGGAGCCUGAGAAGGUGGACAAGCUGCAGGAGCCUCUGCUGGAGGCCCUGAGGCUCUACGCCCGGCGCCGGAGACCCAGCCAGCCCUACAUGUUCCCGAGGAUGCUUAUGAAAAUCACCGACCUCCGGGGCAUCAGCACUAAGGGCGCAGAGAGGGCCAUAACCUUGAAGAUGGAGAUUCCAGGCCCCAUGCCCCCCCUGAUCCGAGAGAUGCUGGAGAACCCCGAAAUGUUUGAGGACGACUCCUCGAAGCCUGGCCCCCACCCCAAGGCUUCCAGUGAGGACGAGGCUCCCGGGAGCCAGGGAAAGGGGGGCCAAAGCCCCCAACCUGACCAGGGCCCCUGACCUACCCCACCGUGGGGCUGGGCUCCAGGCAGCAGACUGAAACAUUUCCCAGACGCGCCCAGUGACUGGGGGAGGACCUGCCCUGCCCGCUCCCACCCUGUUAAUGAGCUCGUUGUUUUGCCAAAGUUUUGGGGGUGCCUGUGGUCACCCCUGCCCUGUUCUGACUGGGGGACCUGUCGCACCUACCAGAAGAGCCUGAGAAGGCAGGCAGGAGCCUGGGUCUAGACUACAAUCUUAGCACUGCCUUUCAGACUCGGGCCACAGGCUCCCCACGCAGGAGGAAGCCCUGCCUCUCUCCACAGCCCCUUCCUCUGCUAGGUGCUUGGGCCUCUGGGAGCAAACAGAAACACUAGAGACCAAAAGGGGAGGCCCUCAAGGAGGGCUGAGCCCACCCUUGUGCCCUACCCUGGGUGCCUAAUGCUGUGUGAUGUACCUACCAUGUACACCUGCCCUCUGUGCCCGUCCU